AUGGAAGAUAUAGAGAAGAAAAUAUAUGACCUAUUUAAAUACACCUUCACUACCAAUUGUGAUAUCGACGAAGCUCCUAUGACUCAGGAAGAGCUAGACACUCUUGAUGAUCUACAGCCUUAUGAAAUUUUGGAAAAUCUGAAAGACAUUAUCACAGACUUGCUCAACUUCAAAAAACAAUUCAAAACAACUGAAGCCGCUGAGCUUAUAAAUCGAGCCGAUCAAUUCGAAAAAAUGCUUCAAAAACUUGAAGCUGAUAUCAGGACACAUAUAAAAAUCGAGCAGCAAAUGAAACUACAGCUGGAUAUAGCUAAAAGCAAAGUUGAAGAAUAUGAAAAAGGGAAUAAAAACGCUAAAAUGCCUAAAAACCAUUUAAAACUUAGGCUAGAUUUAAAACUAGGCCACAGCCCGAAGCAAACAAAAGAAGAAAAAGCAGUUUCGUAUAGAGAAAACUACAAAGAGAUAGAUAAGAUUAAGAAAAAAUAUGAAGAAAAGCUGCAACAAAUUACAGAGGAAAGCGAAAAUAAAGAGAAAAAUAUUAAACAGCUGGAAAUUGAGCUUGCCAAGUUGAAAAUUGUGGUAGAAGACAAAGAAAAAGAAAACGAAAAAAUAAAAAAUCAGCUGAAUAUAGAAAAAAACGUCAUAAAUCUGAAAAGACUUGAGCAAAGGACAAUUAUAAACUCUGGGUAUUUAAAAAAGAAACUAGAAGAAAAACCAUUACUCCUACCUGCUGGCUGAAGAGGCUAAUAUUUUUUCUUCUAAAUACGGAAAGUUUUAUCUACAAAAUUUAUUUUAGAAUGAAAGCAGUUAAAAUUUCAAUAGAAUUGGCUAGAUUUGAUCAUGUAUAAUUGCCACUUAUAUUUUUUAUAAAAAAUUUUUGGUCGCUCUGGUGGGCUUUUGCCUCAAAAAAGGGAUUUUUCUCAUGGUUUUGUUUGCUGAAGAGUGGGUGAGAGCUAGGAAUCUUGAGGUUUAAUAGCCAAAUAAAGGACAGAACACCUAUAAAGGAUGUAAAAAUCCGAAAAGCAUCAAGAAAAUCACUUGGUGGGAAUGAGUCAGCAAAAGACUCUUCGCCAUAUGGCGUUUGACAUGAAAUAAACAGUUCCUUUAAGAAGAUCACGAUGUUCAAAAAGUCAGAUAUUAUGUCGCAUAAGCAUUUCAGAAGCUUUUCUGAGUAUGAUAGACCUCAGAGUUUGAAGAAAUUGGCUACUUAA